AUACUUUAAUAAUUUAUGUUUUUAAUCAUUAAACAAUCCUCAGUUAAUUUGUACACAUUAUAGGUUACUACAAAUUCAUCACUAUCCAGUGUAAUAAUGGUGGUAGUUGACUACUCAAGCCAUGAUCGCAUCCGUCGUAAUGACUUCGAUCAGAAUGAAGAUACAAGUCAACAAUUAUUGAUAGAUCAAGACGCCGUUGUCGAUUUCGCCAUUGCAAACUUUUGUCCUCGUCUGCGUCAAGCUAUAAGUGCUCUUUCACGUCAUACAGUUGGUCCAUUACAACAACGUGUGCAAUUAUCAGACUUUCAGAGUUCUACCUUAUCUUCUUUACCAACAGAUGAUUUGAGUUCACGUAUACAGGUUCCUCGGAACGACAAGUUUAUCCUUGCGUUACCAUAUUUAUAUGAAGACAAUUUACCAAUAUCCAGACAUAAUUUUAUGGUACGGUGGUCAAUAAUAGCACAGUGUGGCCGUCCAGAUAAAGCACCUGAAGUUAUUUUACUGGAAACAGAUAAUUCGUUCAUAAAUUCAGGAUAUAAUGAAACAACCUUACGUAGGACACAACAACGCCCCCAACAACUACAACGUCGUCAGUAUCAAACUAAUCAAAUUAUGCAAGAACGUUAUUGGCAACAAUAUGUGGCCAGUGAUGCAUUUUACAUACAAUGUUUAACUAAAUGGGAUAAAACAAAUAAUAACAGUUCAUCUAUAUUGCAAUACUGUUUGUUAGCAGAUCAAUUAUAUGAAUGUUAUGUUAAUUUUCAGGUAUGA